GGGUUGGGUUGGGGAUUAUACAUUGUACAUAGUGAUUAUCUAUUAAAGAAGUACUGUAUAUAUAUAGAAUGGGAAUAAUGGAGAUGUUUAGGAAUGGCGCGAACCACGUGAGACAAUUCGCAAAAUGACUACAAUAAGACCUCCUGCUAACAGCAAUGGGCCUAACCCCCCGAGGCCCAUUGCCACUACAUUUCAAGAAUCUGAACGUUCCUCCCCAGCUCACUUCAUCACUUCACUCAAAUACACUCCCCCAAAACAAAAUAUCUUUGGAUGAGACAGGCUAGAAUUUUGCUCAUUUCUUUUUAAUUUAUUCGGAAAAAGAUAUUUGUUCUGUGGCCCCUCCCUGCAUAUGCCCCACAAUGUCUUCUUUUGUGGCCUAAAAAUAAAAGGGUAGAGAGAGAUAUCAGUAUUUCAAUUCAAGAUUACAGCUUUUUUCUUGUGGUCUUACAAAUUUUGAAUCUCAAGGGUCUUUCCCAGAUCUCGCCUCUUUUGUUAUGGAAGAUUCAAGGAAGUACAUUAGCAGUGAGGAACUGAAGAAUCACAACAAACCAGGGGAUCUGUGGAUAUCCAUUCAGGGUAAGGUGUAUGAUGUCUCAGAUUGGGUAAAGGAACACCCUGGUGGUGAUUUCCCACUGUUGAACCUUGCUGGUCAGGAUGUCACUGAUGCCUUUGUUGCAUUCCAUCCUGCUACUGCUUGGAAGUAUCUUGACAAGUUCUUUAAUGGGUUUUACCUCGAGGAUUAUUCUGCUUCUGAGGUGUCUAAGGAUUAUAGAAGGCUUGUAUCUGAGUUCACUAAAAUGGGGUUGUAUGAAAAGAAAGGCCAUGUUUGUUUAUUCACCAUGUGCUUAAUGGCAAUGUUGUUUGCUACAAGUGUUUAUGGAAUCUUGUGUUGUCAAAGUCUGUUGGCACAUAUGAUAAGUGGUGGAUUGUUGGGGUGUCUUUGGAUUCAGAGUGGGUGGAUUGGUCAUGAUUCAGGGCAUUAUCAGGUAAUGAGCACCCGUGGGCUCAACAGAUUUGCUCAAGUCCUCACUGGGAAUUGCAUUGCUGGAAUCAGCAUUGCUUGGUGGAAAUGGAACCACAAUGCUCACCAUAUUGCCUGCAACAGUCUUGAAUAUGAUCCUGAUCUUCAGCACAUGCCAUUCUUUGUGGUAUCUUCCAAGUUUUUCAAUUCACUAACUUCUUAUUUUUACGAUAGGAAGAUGACUUUUGAUUCUUUUACUAGAUACUUGGUCAGUAAUCAACAUUGGACAUUUUAUCCUGUUAUGUGUUUCGCUAGAAUCAAUUUGUUUGCUCAGUCAUUCAUAUUGUUGUUAUCCAACAAAAAUGUGCCCCAUAGAGUUGAGGAGAUUUUGGGGGUGAUUUCAUUCUGGAUUUGGUAUCCGUUGCUUGUUUCUUGCUUGCCAAAUUGGGGUGAAAGAAUUAUGUUUGUUAUUGCUAGCUUCACAGUGACUGGAAUUCAGCAUGUUCAAUUCUGUUUGAACCAUUUCUCAUCUGAGAUUUACGUUGCCCCACCUAAAGGUAAUGAUUGGUUUGAGAAGCAAACUAAUGGCUCUCUUAACAUAUCAUGCCCUAGUUGGAUGGAUUGGUUUCAUGGUGGAUUGCAGUUUCAGAUUGAGCAUCAUUUGUUUCCUAGAUUACCAAGAUGCCAACUCAGAAAGGUUUCUCCCUUUGUCAAAGACCUCUGUAUAAAGCAUUGCUUACCUUACAAUUCUGCCUCCUUCUUCAAGGCUAAUGCUUUGACCAUCACCACCCUCAGAACUGCUGCUUUGCAGGCCCGGGAUUUAACUAAACCUGUUCCAAAGAAUCUACUUUGGGAAGCCCUCAACACUCACGGUUGACUUGACAAAUCCUGGGAAUGCAUAUCAUUGUAAUAUCUGCUGAGAACAUUUGUACUAUGUCAUUCUGUUAAGGCGUAAUUGAUUGUAUUUGAUCUAUGUUAAGCAAUUGAUUGUAUUUGAUCCAUGUAAAGCAAUUGAUUGUAUUUGAUCCAUGUAAAGCAAUUGAUUGCAUUUAUGCCUAGCAUUCAUCAAUUCUAGCGAACACAAUCUUCGUCUUCUUUUUCCUGGGAAUGCAUAUCAUUGUAAUAUCUAGAGAGAACAAUUGUAUCUGUUAAGGCUUAAUUGAUUGUAUUUGAUCCAUGUAA